UUCUCACUCUCACUUGCAACACAAGAUGAGAAAUACAGUACUUCUACUACUCAUAUUCUUCCCACCUCUAAUCUUUUCAAAAUCCUAUAUCGAAUCAUGUCACUCUUCAGCUGUAUGCAAUUCGCUACUCUCCUAUCUCCUCCCUUACGAUUCCAAGCUCUCCGAAAUCGCUUCAAGAUUCCAAAUAAACGUGACUGAUCUACUCGGUGCCAACGCAUUCAAUGCCGCCAAACCAUUCUCCGGCAAUGAAAUUCUCCCUCAGAAAACACUUCUAAGGAUACCCAUUCAGUGCCCAUGUGUGGACGGCAUCCGUCGGUCCCUAUCGACUUCCUAUAUUGUUCGGGCAAUCGACACCGUUAGUUCAAUUGCAGCUGGGUUCGGCGGGUUGGUCAGCGCGGAACAGAUUCAGACCACUAACGGGAUAUCGGAAACUGACGGUCUCGAGAUAGGACAGAGCCUAGUGAUUCCGCUGCCUUGCACAUGCCUCCAUAACAGGGAUAACGGCGUUACGGUCAUUUACAUGUCGUACGUUGUGAGAGAGAGGGAGAGCUUGAGGAGCAUUGGGGAGAUGUACGGUACAACUGUAACGGAUUUGGUGACCGUUAACGGGUUGGGGACUCCGUUCGUGUAUCCUGGAGACAUUCUGACCGUUCCUUUACCAGCUUGUUCAUCAGCCUACCUCAAACUGCGUCAUUCCGAGAAGCUGCUCGUUCCGAACGGAUCCUACGCUCUAACUGCUUUAGGCUGCGUUGAAUGCACUUGCGGGCCGAAAGAUCUUAUCCUACGCUGUUUUCCGGCCCCGCUCGCAGUGUCUUGCUCUAAUUUCAUGUGCGAGCAGACCAAUCUUUCGAUCGGCGACAUUUUCGUGCAGCCCACUUCGACAGGCUGCAACGUGAUUACAUGCUUGUAUCGUGGCCACAAGGGCCACAAAAUUCUCAGCAGCUUAUCGAAUACUUCUCAGGUUCUAUGUUCAGGCACCACAAGACGGUCAGCAUUGCCCACGUCAUCAUUCCCAACGGUAAAUCAGUCCAUAUUCCCAUCUGAACCGUCAUCUCCAACUCCAAAUCCAAAUCCAGACGAUGUCCCACUUCUAGCGACCGUUGCAUACGGGCCCACCAGUAGACCAGAUUCUAGCACUUCUGUUGCUGGAGAUGCAUCUAAGCAUGGUUUAUUUUUCAGAUUAUUGCAAGUAGAACUCAUUUUAUUGGCAUGCCUGGAACUUAUUUGAAUCACAAACAUUCA